AUGACUGCUGUGCGUCGUUCCACUAGAGUAAGAACAAAAUCUCGGAAUACCGAGGAGGAAAGUUCGGAUGACGAACAAAAUACCAGCGUGCAACCUGUCGAAUCCGAUAAGGUCACCGCCAAGAUAGCGCAACGUGACGACGAAGAAAAAGAAGAUGAGGAUGAGAGUGAAGAGAGCAGCAGCGAGGACGACUAUGAAGAUCAAGACGAUGAUGACUACGUGGAUACCGCUACCGCCAAGAGCAAAUCUAGAAAGAGAAAGGCCAAAUCAGCACCAAAGGCCAGUAGUAGUAAAAGACCGAAGAAAAAAGCAACUUCUCAUCAGAAAUCAGCGGCAACUCAUGUUCCCACUCAUCAUCGCUCCAAAAAAGAUCAGGAACAAUACUUGGAAAUUGCUAAGGAUUUCCAACCUACAGAGUUAUUUGAGAUACUAUCUACUUCAGAAGACGUUUCUAUUGAAGAACUAUUGCGGGAAUGGUUAGAAACUUAUACCGAAAAUAGAGACCAAUUUUUGCAAGAAUUUAUCAAUUUACUUUUGAAUUGUUGUGGCUCCGUUGCUCGUGUCGAAGACCAUGACGUCCACAGUAACGAGUCUUCUAACGAAACAAUUGGUGAAAUCCAGUUACUUUUCCAAAGACAAAAACUGCACGAGUUUUAUCUUUUGAUAAGUAAGGAAAACAAAAAGAGGAAAAAUUUCAAAAUGGGGCCCCUCUACCAAAACUUUGUGGAAUUUAUGACCAAAUUGUUGGAAGUGGCAAAUGAUUUACAGCUACUAUACGUGGAAUCAGAUGAAGAUGAUACGCAAAUAGUUACUGGUAAUCUCGUCUUGGAUCUGUUAACUUGGCUUUCUUCAUUUUCCGUUUGUAAAAUCAGAUGCUUCAGAUACAUCUCAACAAUAACAUUAUAUUUUUUUCAAGACUACUUGACUCAACAGGCAGUUAAUUUGGAAAAAAAUUAUUUGGCAAAACUAACCAGACAGCUUACACUGGAAGAAAAGAAAAAAAGGCCCAAUAACAAGACUUUAGAAAAGCUAGAGAGUACUAUUACUGAAACUCAAGGCAGUAAAGUUGUUAUUGAGAGCAUUAUUGAUAAUAUCGUUAAAUUAUGCUUUGUUCACAGGUAUAAGGAUGUGUCUGAUUUGAUUCGUUCCGAAUCUAUGUUGCAUUUAUCCAUUUGGAUUAAAAAUUAUCCGGAGUAUUUUCUCAAGGUCACCUUUUUGAAAUAUUUUGGUUGGCUGCUCAGCGAUGGCUCUGUGUCAGUCAGAUUACAAGUCACCAAGAUUCUACCACAUUUAAUAACUCAUAAUCAUAACGGUAAGUCCACUGACAAUUCCGCUAUCCGUCAAGUAUUUGAACGUUUCAAAACAAAGAUCUUGGAGGUGGCAAUCCACGACGUUAAUCUCGAUGUCAGGAUCCAUAGUAUCCAAGUCUUAACGGAGGCGUGUUCAUUGGGCUACCUAGAUGAUUCCGAGAUUCUUACUAUUUCUAGUUUAAUGUUUGAUGAAGAAUUUGAUCCAUGUAAAGCAUCCUCGUUCAACAAAAGAUCCAAGUUCUUAUCUACCGUGGCCAAGUUCUUAGCAAAAGUGAUAAAUGAAAAAUUCGAGGAAUUUAUCAAGACCCGUGAAGACUUACCCAAAGAAAUCGACGGGUUGGAGAUUGGUCCCGUCGUCCAAGUUGGAAUAUUUACUAGGAUUUUAAGUGAUUCUCUCAUAUAUCACUUGAAGGAUUCUGCCGAAGUUGAUUCAAAAACCAAGAUUCGUAUGCUGACACAAGCGGCAGAGUUUCUCUCUCCUUUCAUUUCCACUCAUUUGAAGACUAUUUGCAAUCUCCUGAUCUCUGAUAUCGAAUCAAACGAAUUAAUUCAGACGCUACAAAACUCGGUUGAUACUAAUAAUGACGAUUGUGAUGUAGAUGACGGUGAAUUGGAUACUGCUCCAUUAUUUCCCGUUGAUAGAAAUAGCACUAUCUUAUAUCUCAACAUAUUUCAUGGGCUGUGUGCCGGUGCCAACAAUCCAAAAAUUCAGACAAAAGAUAGUGUUAAGGAAAUAGUCUUACCUCUCUUUCAUGAUUUGUUGAACGCCACAUCAAUCGAAUCCGCCGAUAUUUUAUGCCCGCUUUUAGAGAGUUUUAUUACAUUUUCUCUAGAAGAUUGGAUAUCAAUUGGCUAUGAAACAGAAUUGAAAAAGAUUACCGACAAAACUAUCAAGACAUUCAUGGAUUCUACAAUCGGGGAUUCAAAAGUUGAUGUGAAAUACGAGAUAUUUGCUAAGUUUAUCCGUCACAUCCACAAUUUUGAAAAAAAGGAACUGCAAGAAAAAUUGCUUAAUCAAAUAACCACAUUAAAAAUUCAUCUGAAAAAGUUUCUACAAGAAAAAAUGGAUCCAAAUAAUUCUAGAGAUGAUUAUAAAGACUUAACUUGUUCUUUGUAUGAACUCUACAUCAACAAACUGGCGAUUCUUGGCAGAGAAUACCCAAUCGAAUUUGAUGAUGAGUUAUUACAACUAUUCUUGAACAAUUUUAUCUCUCGAAUCACUGUAAUGUUUCAAAGUUUUGAUGACAGUACCGCUCAAGAAAUAAACUUUAAAAUACUGGUACUUUUAGUGACAUGGAAUUUGCAAAAGUGGAAAGAAUUAAUGGAUAAAGUAACGGAUCACGAGGCUUCAACUCCAAAAAAUCUUAGAUCAAUUUGGAAACCUAUAGCGGCUAUAAUAGGCCGUUUAAACACGCUUGUUAUAUCCUUGGCAACUAUAAGCGACACAUCUGGAAAUAUUAACAGCUUGUUUUACUUAAAAUGGUCAGCUUCCACUUCGUUAAUGGAUACAAUAGUUGCGAUAAAAGUUUUUGAGCUCAAGUUGCCUGCAGAUGCUACAUCAUGGAAAUAUAGUAUGAGUGAAUGUUUUCCAUUUUACCUUCAUGAUGAUGCGUCUAAAGUACUUUUGAAAAUAUUUUUGUACUUAGAGAGCCUCUUUGCAAAACAACUUGAUGUACAACUAGAAAGAGUAGCAGACGAAGACGCCAACCUAAAUGAUUUGCCAGAAACCGAGUUUUUCAACAAUGUUGAAACUGAUUUCCUCCUAUUUACAGUGAAAUUGAAGGGGCUGAUAAAAUUGAACAUUUUAGAUAAGCGAUUUGCUUCGCGUAUGGAAUUGAAUAAAGAAAGGCUUGGUCCAUUAUUCAAAAAAAUCUUAGAUGAUACUAUAAUGGAAAGUUCAGAACCUAAUAAAAAAAACGUGCAGAAAGCGAAACCAAAUCAAACACAGAAGGAAAGAGGCAUCCAUCUACAAUCUGACAAUAAGGGGGAAACAGACAAAGCAGAUAUUGAAAAGAAUGAUUCAGAUAUUUCCAUGACAAACGAUCUGGAACCUAUUGAAGAAAGUUCACAAGGGGUUCCAGGAUUAGCACCAAUAGAAGAGCAUCCCACCGUAGCAGAUGCUAUAGAUAACAGCGACGCAAGCGCACAAGAUUAA